AGCCACUUUAAGGAUAAUUGUUCAUCGCUUCGCUUCGUAGACCACACUAGUUCUGUGACUGCGACAGUCUCCAGUUCGCACUAAGAAAACCGCAGGUUCCUCUGACCUCACUGUGAACGUUGCAGGUGAGAUUUACAUCAUGAAGCCAUUACUAUGAAAGGCUCUGCGCAGCGAACGUCCUCCGACGCAUUUUUUCACCUGCGGACCACAUGAGCUGCAUAUGGACGCGCACCGAAGUUAAUGGAUCGAUGAUUGUGGGAGAUUAAUUUGCAUCCUUAUCGAGCGUUGAUUUGUUUGUGGAAUAUAUGACAUGGCAAAGAUGCUGUCCAUCAUCAUAAGAAUCAUGCUUUUCAAGAUACUGACAAUAAUUCUUCUGCAAGCUACUUCUAAUAAAUGUAUCUUGGCGUCCCAUGCCUUGGUGAAACCCGAGAUGAUCUCUGGAGGUUUCUCAGACUCAAAGGUGUUUGGCUCCCGGGGAUCCGCUGGUUCACAGCUGUCUGAGACAACAGAAGCAAAGUCCAGACAAAAGCGCUGCACCUGUUAUUCUUACAAGGAUAAAGAGUGUGUCUACUACUGCCACUUGGAUAUCAUCUGGAUCAACACUCCCGAGCGCACUGUACCUUAUGGAAUGUCGAGCUACAGAGGACCUCAGCGAAAAAGACGUGCUGUUCAGCCACCACAGCACGGGGGUGCGAAGACGCCGCGCUGCGCUUGUGUUGUGAGCGAUGCAGACCUGGAGUGUCGUGAUUUCUGUCUGUCGAGCUCCCUUGAGAUUGUCCCAACCAGAAGUCUUCACAGAAUUCCUGGACUUGGAUGACAGUUUGAUGCAUCUCCAUCUUCUGCUCUUCUUCUUGGGUGAAUGGACCCUUCAUUCUUUUCCAUUUGGCACUUUGCCUUCCCAGGUACGCACAGGGAAAAAACUUUGGAGUUUAACACUGCCGACAUUCCUCAGCAUCAUAACUCUUGGAGCACAUUAGUUUCAAGAACUCAGAAACUUCAGCAAAUGCGAUACAGACCCUGGAGCCUAUCCCCUUUUGUUCCCAUCUGAGAGCAGCAUGAGGAUAACUUUGAUCACAGUACAAGUGCCAUUGCUUUGUUAUGUAAAGCUUGUUUAGACCAACCCUUUGCAUUUGUAUCUAGUUUUGGGAAUUACAUUUGACUCAGUCUUUCAAAAAUAAUAAGAUAGUAUCAAUGUAUAAUUGAAGACAAAUGCAUUUUCACAAAAAUGCUGUAGAGGAAAAUGUGCCAGGAGGAGCCAUGUAAAGCAUGAUGAAGCCAUGAUAUGUUGCCAUUAAAACACCAUUCCAAAAUGGGGAAUUCUUGAGAUGAUUACACAGCCAGAAUGGAAGGCAUUCACACCCUGACAAUUCUUUCAGCAAAACUAUAUUCACUGUAAGCUGAAUUAUUAGUCAUAUUCAUCAUGCGUUCAUGUCAAUACAACUCUGAUCUAUGACAACUUCAGCAGAGGUGAAUGGCUUUGUUGUGUCUAGCUAGCAUCAGUGCGGCCCAUAAUAUCACAACCUUCAGCUGACCAGUAGUCAGAUCCAUUCAGUGUCCUCUGACUGAUUCUAAGCAAGCAAGAUAAAAUGUUUGCGCCUUGAAGAGUUUAGAGUAAAGGUUAAAAAAAGUUCUCAUGUCAAGAAAAACUGCAGGUAGCAUAAACUAAGGCCAAGCUGUUUUUUUUUACUUUUUGUUGGACAGCACUGUACACCACCAUACCAAACUGCUGAUCGAACUAUGCAGACUACUCUAGUAAACCAAAAAAGGGAAAAUUAAAAUGCUUAAUGUUAGUGUCUGUUGCUUAAUCUUUGGAAUUUUGGAGGCUAAUGGAAGUCUUCUAUUAGGCCCUCAAGUUUAAACUGCUUACAGUGUUUUUCAUGUAUUUCAUGUGUAUUCACAAGUUCAGGAAUGCAGUUCCUGAAAUAAAGUUGUCAUAAUUGGCAUCUGUGUGAGAGAAAGAUGGGGAAAGAAAGAGAGGCCAUGAAAAUCAAUGAAUGUGAACCUUAGAGAACAUAUUGAUCAUGGUUGUAAAAAAAUAGUCUUGUGCACUUAAAAAAAAAAAGCUAUUUUUAUAUGAGGAACACAAGAAAGUGUCUGACUUUAUGAAUAACCAGUGUUUGUGGUCUUGUUAAAACAUCCGUUGGAUAUGAAACAAAUUGGACACACAGACGGGAAUAAAUGCACAUACAUGUUGCAAAUUACAUGUAUCCUUUCAAAACUCACUUUCUGUUAUAUGCACAGUAUAUGUGUGUGAAUUGUAUGUACAUUUAAAAAUCUCAUAUUUCCAUGCCUUAAUUCACCAUUAAACAUAGCAGGGGAUUUAAAAAAAAAAAAAGAGUACUGAAAUUAGAGGUGGGGGCAUGAUUUCUUUUAACAGUAUGAUAAAAUAUCAUUAGCAGUGAUGACUAAUAUUUUAGGACCAUUGUAUUUUUCUGCUAUUACUGGGCAGUAAUAGCAGUUUAUUGUUGCUACAGAUGAAAUAACUUUUCUUCCUUUGAAAAUGGUAACUUUGUGUAAUCUAUUAGCCAGUAUUAGUGACUAAUUUCAUGUUAUUUGCUUAUUGUAUACUUUUCCCUAAAAAAUUGUGACUCUUGAUCUUUUUGGGGAAGAUAUCAGUGGAUAUGAGGAGCCAUAAACAGACUAAUGUACAUGUAAAUCCUUUCAGUUAUAUAAAUGAGCUUGUUUAAAAUAGUGUGAAAACUAAUGUCAGAAAAUAUAGUAACAAGCUUUUUGUUUCCCACUACUAAGUAAAUCCUACUUUUUUGUGUAAAUUAUCUCUUACUGUGUAUUUAAUCCUUGUUCUUUACAAAGACUACAUAAUGAAUAUUUAUUCUUUUCUUAUGAGUAUAAAUUUGCCUCAGACUGUAUAAAUGUACAAUAAGUGCCCAGACAGUGGGCACUGUGCCCCCACUGUGGGCACAGCUGGGUAGCCUCAGGGUUUAUUGUCUGUUAGGUGUGUACGAGGUCAGUCACAGCGGUUUAACCCUCUUUUCCUCUAAAUUACUCGUUCAUAGUAAUCACAUGUGCAGAGAUGACUUUACAUCUACACUCUAGACCGACUCAUGUGCACACUGUGAGCUGGGAACCGCCACCAUUUCCAUUCAAAGAGGUCUCAAAGCUAACUAUUACAUAUUUUAGAACUCUGAGCCAGUUUGUCCAUUGUACAAUGUCUAAUAAAUUUUCAAUGUACAAAAUAAUAAUAACAAUAAUAUUGAAACCACACAAGUGUCAGUAUACUGUAUGUAUUAUUUCAUUGUAUUAUAGAUGAGGGAGAAAUACAGGAAAUAUCAGGAGUUACCAAGUUAUACAGCAGCUACUCAGAAAAGCUGAAAUCAGUUAUGGUUUGUGAUGCUUUCUUUCAAUCUUGAUAUCUUGAAAUUACAAAAUUUUCCAGAUAAUGGGAUAAUGUUUGUGCAAUCCAUGCCAAAGAAAAUAUCAUUUUCUUGUUUUUCUAGGUGAUCAUGAGAUAAUUUUCUAAUUAUUUCGACUCUUUGUUUUCUCAAGAAAAGGAGAAAAAUCUCUCUCAUUACAAGAAAACAUGUUGGCCAUCCUGUGAUUGUGAGAUAAUUUGCUUUGAGAUAACAUAUUUUUAAAAAAAACAGCCAUGGUUGCUGUUGUUUUUUUUUUUUAAUGCAUUAUUUUACUUGGAAUUUCUGUCACACGAACACCUUCCCCCUGUAGACAGUCUGAGGUCAGCUGGGCUCUAAUACCACCUAAAAUCUUGGAAUGUCACACUAAGUCCACUCUAAAUAAGUCUGCCCUGGAGCCUCAGUGUAAACCUUCUACAGUGAGCAAGUUCUUAUUCCCACAGUUUACCAUGGGAAAUAUUUCUGUGCAGAUAUCCUGACCGCUCGACAGCAGGUCCAGGGCCCCUAUGUGGCUUACAGUUUGUUGUAUGUGUCCUGGUUCUUCAGCCCUAUGUGCUAUACCGUGAACUUACUAGUCCUAAUCGCUAACAAUAAAGACUGCUCCUUUCGCAACAGAUUGUCCAAAUACAAUAAAAUCAUGUAGAUAAUUCAGUGUGUUCAGUAAUUCCUAAAUUCAUAUGCUUUGCCUAUAGUGCACUAUAGCUAUAAAUUGGUGCAUUCGAUGAUAUGAUAACUAUGAUAUUGUGUUGCUCAAAUACACAAUAACUGCUUCUAAUAUGGCUCACCUUCUACAUCCAACAUGAUAUUUAUACUCAUUUUGCAGUUAUGUAUUUGUAAACAAAAUGUAACAUAUUGUGAUGUGAAUAUGGAUUAAAGUCUUUUAUCUUUUGAUUAAAUGAUAACCAGCCACUGAACUUUUUUAAAUGCUAUUAUUUUAUUGUCAUAUUACAGCAGCAUUAUUCUUAUUCUUAUUCUUAUUGUAUAACCAAAACAGAUAUAUAAGAUGAAGCAUUUGCUUCCUCCAACUCCUUUCUGUGUGGGGGAAUUGUUGACUUUUUUUUGUUACAGUAAGUAAUCUUAUGUUCCUUUUUUAAAUGUGUAUUAACACUUGUUACUUACAGGUCUGAAAUAAAGACAACUCAA